ACUGCAAUCGUGCAGGCAUCUCUACCAGUAAAACGUCAUCUCUUUCUCCAUUCCUUUUCCGGCGAGCUCUGAGUAAAAACCCUAUGGUUCAAUCCUUCUCUAACGGCUUAAACCCUUAACCUCAAAUCAAAUAAAUAAAAAGAAAGAAGAACAAAAACAAUCUCCCCUCUCAUGGCAAUUCCGGCAGUUCAAGGCCUAUCCUGCAGAACCCAAUUCAUUUUUCGCCGUCCCAUCCCUUACUGCUUCCGCAAGGUUCGGAAUCGCAGCUCAGCUGCGGCGGUUGAAUCGAUAGUUGAACCACUAAAUGAUUCCAAAGAAGAAAAGAAACGGCUGAAAACUCAUUCUAAUGCAAAAGGUAGUGGGUAUAAGAAUGCUUCUGAAUGGAAGAAAUUGAGUUCCGAAGAGCUCGGAAUUCGGACCUCAAUGAUCUCUAAAUCUACUAGAUUGGUCCUGAAUUGCCUGAAGCAAAAAGGGUAUGAUGUCUACCUUGUGGGAGGUUGUGUUCGAGAUCUUAUUUUAAAGAAAAUUCCUAAAGAUUUUGACGUCAUAACAUCGGCUGAGCUUAAAGAGGUGCUUAAAACAUUCCCACGGUGUGAAAUAGUUGGAAGGCGGUUCCCCAUAUGCCAUGUGCAUGUAGAUGAUGUCAUCGUAGAGGUGUCAAGCUUUACUACCAUGGGAAGGAAGUUCGGAAUGAAUUCAUACCACGCUGUUCGAAGGCCUCCAAAAUGCAAUGACGCUGAUUUUAUGCGCUGGAAAAAUUGCUUAGGCAGAGACUUUACCAUAAAUGGAUUGAUGUUUGAUCCAUUUGCAAGAAUAAUAUAUGAUUACAUGGGUGGAAUGGAAGACAUUAGAAGGGCUAAAGUACGAAGUGUGAUUCCUGCAAGUACUUCAUUCAUGGAGGAUUGUGCACGCAUCUUACGUGGGGUGAGGAUAGCAAGCCGUUUGGGAUUUCGUUUUUCUCGAGAAACAGCACAUUUUGUAAGAGAAUUUGCAUCGUCUGUGUUAAGACUUGACAGGGGAAGGAUACUGAUGGAAAUGAAUUAUAUGCUGGCAUAUGGGUCUGCAGAAGCUUCACUAAGAUUAUUGUGGAAGUUUGGAAUUCUAGAAAUUCUUCUUCCGAUACAAGCUUCUUACUUGGUUUCCCAAGGUUUCAAAAGGCGUGAUACAAGAUCUAACAUGCUUCUGUCAUUGUUUUCCAGCCUGGAUAACCUUCUGGCACCUGAUCGGCCAUGCCACACCAGUUUGUGGAUUGCGAUCUUAGCAUUCCACAAAGCUUUGGCGGAUAGGCCUCGGGAUCCGUUGGUGGUUGCUGCAUUUUGCAUUGUUGUCCACACCAGUGGGUCAUCUUCAGAUGCACUAGGCAUAGUGAGGAAGAUCUCACAUCCACAUGAUCCAAGGUUUUCUGAGCUGUCCAUAGAUCACGAUCUGAAGUCAGAUGAAGUACUUCUGGAUGAGGUCAUGAAUCUCGCAGCUGAUGUAAAAUCUGCAUUAAAGAAGAUGACAGAUGAAUAUUUUGUUUCCCAGGCACUAAUUGAGUAUCCCGAAGCACCACAUUCUGAUAUGGUGUUCAUUUCACAAGCGUUAUCACAGAAGGUGUGUGCAAUAUUUGAGUGCGUGAGAAGAGGAAAGCAAAUGGGAUAUGCCCAAAAACAUGGCAGCAAGAUUGACUAUGAGGCCCUAACACUAGGCAGAUUACAUGAAGUUAGACGCGUUUUUGCUAUGGUGGUUUUUGACACCGUAUAUCCUCUACAAACCAAACGUGACAAUUCUGUAGACAAAGUUUCAAGAUAGAUCAUCAUCCACACAUCAUGUUCAAGUAAUCGUGUCCUUUAUUCCACGUCUGGUAUUUUAUGUUGACCUCUGAGCCCCUUUAUCUCAAUGGUGCUUAUUUAGCAGAAUUGGCCCUUCAAGCACAACAUCAAAAAUCGGAAGAGCAAACAACCUCUGUGCAAUGACAGGCUGCAUACAAUCAAGCAGGGCUGAGGUUAUGUAUCCCACAACUGUGAAUCUUGAUGUACUAAGUAUAGUGAUUCUACUAAGGAAACAUGUCUCGGGACCAAACUGUACAGGUGCGAGAUGCAUUUAUUUCGAUAAUUUCUUCAAUUAGUAAAUGCACUUGAAAACCUCAUUGAAAAAGAAACAAAGUAAUGCAAAAAAGAACCAUGUGGAUAACAUGGUUUGAUCCUUCCUGGAUGA